UAGCCAUGUCUUCUCCUCCUCUACGGUCAUGCAUCCAUAGCCACGCGCGUGUUCCCACAGAUGACACGGCUUGGUCCAUGGUCCUGCCACUUCAGCCCUCUGCCGCCGCUGGGUGAAUCAACCCGUUGUGCAUCCAUCAGCGCUAUACACUGUCUCACCGCUCGCGCUCCUGCCGCCAUAGCCCAGCCGUUGCUCCGCUCCUGCUCCUGCUCCUGCUCCUGCUCCGCCGCUGCCAUCGUCAUCUUUGCAUCCAAAAAUCUGACUUUUGAAACACUGACAGCUCAGCAAUCUGAGAUAACAAGCCUGCCAUGCUGAGAGGUCGCGCCACAACGACACCCGCCCACCUGUCUCGUCAGCACCGACUCGGCCUUGUCGACGAUCCUCAGCGCACAAAUGUUUUAGUUUA